GAUAAUGAUGAAAUCUCGAUAGUGAACAAGUGAUUCAUAGAAUAAAUAUUUACAAAUAAUUUUUACAUCUCAGUUGAUUAAUUAAUAUUAGUUCUAUUAUUUUAUUCACUUUUUCUUGUUAUAGAUAACAUAAUUUAGUAGAAAUCAAAAUGUUUUCAACGAAUCCUAACUAUACAAAAUUAAAAACUCACCUACGAUUGUCCGUAAAUCGUUUAAAAUUGCUUGAGAAGAAGAAAACUGAACUUGCUCAAAAAGCACGUAAAGAAAUUGCGGAAUACAUUGCAGCAGGUAAAACAGAACGUGCAAAGAUUCGUGUUGAACAUAUAAUCAGAGAAGACUACAUGGUGGAAGCUAUGGAAAUAGUGGAAAUGUACUGUGAUUUAAUUUUGGCAAGAUUUGGCUUAGUGACACAGAUGAAAGAAUUGGAUGAGGGAUUAGCAGAAGCUAUAUCAAGCCUUAUUUGGGUUGCACCUCGGAUGCAUACUGAUGUACAGGAACUCAAAGUUAUAUCAGAUCUAUUGACUGCAAAGUAUGGCAAGAUAUUUGCAGAUGCAUGUAGAAAUGAGAGUGUUAAUACAAUAAGUGAAAAACUGAAACAUAAAAUGUCGGUACAGAGCCCACCUAAAAUACUAAUUGAGAGAUAUCUCAUUGAAAUUGCUAAGAAUUACAAUGUUGAGUAUACACCAGAUGAACAAGUAAUGAGAGAGGAAGAAGCCAGAGAUGCUAUGUUGAUUGACAUAAAUGGACCUCCAAACCCUCCUGGAUUUAUAGGUUACCCAUCUCAACCUAACAUGCCACAGAUGCCUAAUUUACCACCACCGAAUGUCACUCCAUUUCAAUAUCCAUCACAGCCUUCAGGAGGUAAAGUUGGCGGGUUUAUUGCAACACCAACAAACUAUGGAGGCCCCAGUAAACUGAUGACAUACAAUGUUCCACCAGGAGUUGACUCAAAGAGCUUGAACAAUAGUUUCUUACAGGAGGAAAUGAGCAACCUUCCACCUGCUUAUGACAGCAUUGAUCAUAGCUUGCCACCAAAUUUACCGAGUCCCUCCAACUCAAAUGCACCUCAGCCGCAGCCCAGGACAAAGCCACCAGCAAACUACUUCCCAGAGUUACCCGAGCUGCCGUCUGUACCAUCAGAUUUAAUUCUUCCCUCUGUCCCACACAGUUCAAACUCAAAUGCUUCCAAUGAACCAAAUGCGCCUGAUGAGAUUGAUUUCGAAGAUCUGAAUAGACGUUUUGAAGAGUUGAAGAAGAAAAAGUAAUUUUAUAUUACAUAGAUCUAAUACAAUUAAAUUUAUUUAUAAGGUUUCAUUAAAAUGAUAAAUAUAAUUAGUAAUAUAAUAUGUUCUAUUCUAUAUUCCAAAGAAGGAAUUAUUGUUUAACAUUUUUAUUCAUAAUUGUGCUUUGCAUAUAUAUCUUUUAUCGUUUAUAUAAGUAGCACUCAAUACUAAUGAUAUGUGCUUGUAAAUCAAUGUAAAAUAAGUCGUAACAAAAAUGUGAUAAAUAAAAUAUUUUUGUAUAUAAAACUUUAUUAUUUCAUUGUUCUUUUAAAUUUUAUAAUUAUAUCGAGAGGAAUAUUUAUCUCAUGAAUAUAUAUUACUACAUUGUAAUAAAACUGUUUUGAGCAAAAUUGAAAUACCUAAUUACGAUAAGCAUACAAAUCAUAUUGUUCAGAAAAAAAUAAAACUCUUUAUGGAAAAAAAA